UCGUAUAAAAUUCCGCGAGAUUACCACGUGGGUACGUGUUCUUUUGACUUUUCAAAUUAUUUUCACGAAAAAUGGACGCGGAGAAGAAGAAUUUCGACGUGUCGUUGGGAGGCGCGAGUGAGCUCCCGUACGAGGCGAGAAUGAUGCUGAUGGCCUCUGCGAGAAGCAACGAAAUCGCCGCGAUGUCAUACUCCGUAGAUAACCCGCAGCAGACAAAGCUGGUGUUUCAAAAGCUUCCGAUUCACAUGCGUCGGAGAGUCAUGUCUCACAAUGCGAAACGCCUUCCACGACACCUGCGAGAAGCUCACAUACGACAGAUGAGUAAGUCCGGUUUACCUCCAAAGACUAAAAGGCCAUCCAGAAAGCAUCGGAGAAGACCUCGCAGACUCGCCUUAGAAUAUAAAAGGCGGAGGGCCAAUAAACGUUGGCUGGAAACUCAUCUUUGGCACGCAAAGAGGUUUCAUAUGGUCGAAAAAUGGGGUUACGUGGUCCCUAACCAUUCCAACGAUAAAUGUUUUAGAGCGUCUUUCAGAGCAAUGACGAGAAAUUGCUUGAUUCAGGAUAUUUCUUAUUACACUUGCUUAGAAAUAAGAGGCCCCGAAGAAGCGAUCAAAAGUACUCUAAAAGCUCAUUGCAAUCCUUACGAGCUUUCGUUUUCUGCUAAAGCAUAUUUAACGGGUAAAAGAGAAGGCACUGUUAUGUUUUAUGCUAAAAACGAAUAUCCCAAGUCAUCGAUUGGGUACGUACACUUUUUAUGGAAGUGUAACGAUUCUUUGUCUAAAGUUAUAUGGAUCUGGGUGCAUCCUUCAUUUUAUAACGAGUUUCUGAAAGAAAUUGUGAAGAGCUUCGAGUUUACGAUGGAAGAAGCUUCGCAGCGUUGCGAUGCAGAGGUUUUGGAAGAACGUGUGACUGCGGAAAGCAUUUAUCGGAAUAACAGUAGUUGCGAAAUGAGUAUAUUAAAAGAUUCCCUGAGCAGGUUUCGUCUUAUCGGUCCGAAUGCACUGUGCGCACUGAGAAAAGUGUUGAAAAUGCCAAAUUUGAAGGCUAAAUUGGGAACGGAGAAGCUCAUGGGAAACGAUUUGCAAGAUACUGCUGAAAAGAUGGAUAUCGAUGUCCAGAAUUCAGGCAAACAAUUGGGUAAUGGUUUAAAAUGUCAAAGCCGAGUAGAGGAUGAUUCAUUGGACAAUGAUAUUCGUUGCAAAUCGUGGUACGAUGAUUACUAUCAUAUUGAGGAUAACAGAGAAGCUUUCAAAGCACAGAAAACUUGGUUCGAUACGUUGAAAGACUUAACGUCUCCUGAUCAACUGCCUUCUGGAAUUGCGGUUGCUCUAACUGUCAUCGAUCCGAGAUUUUUCUCACAUCCUGUUAAAGGAAGAUGCCUAGCUGAUUCGAUUUUACGUGACAAAGCUUCGGUGCCUUCGCAUCCUGUGAGUCAUGGUCCGAUUUGGGAUUCCAGUUUGAGAGAGGCCUCGGCUAAUACGGUGCAAACAUUCGAUGCCUAUAAGCUAAGAGGUGAAAAUCUUAUUCCUGGCGUGAGCAACGACGACAAGUAUCACGAAGACGUUGCCAGUAAAGUUCCUAUAUUGAUUGUGCAGAGGCCAGGACGAUUCACCGAUAAUAAAAGUAUCGGUUUCGGGUCAGGAGUGGACGUGAUCCUGCCAAGUUCCUGGGCGAUUCCGUUUUGGAUGUCCUUCAUUCUGCACGGCUGCAAACCUGGAGGAUUACGAGAGUCGAGCACACUGCUCUUCGAGGGCGGGAACUUGAAUUCCCCGGAAAUGAACAGCCCCGACACCUCGAUUUACACGAGCGAGGCCUUGGACACCAAAUCCAGAUUGUUGAAGAAAUAUUUCAGAUACCCGCCCGAUCGCCGAGUCAACUUUUCCAAGUUUCGAGUCCGCAGUCCAUUUUUCUGCCAGUGGGACGUCCUGGCGAAGGAGUGGUCCAAGUCGCAGGACUUUUACGUCCUCAGGAACUUUGCGCUGCUGUCGACCUUGAAGGAGCUCGUCUCGGCGUUGAAGAAGACCUCGAGGAGCUCUAAAAAAUCGAAAACGGGGAAUUCGGAAGACAUUGCCGCAGAGCUGGACGGCUUCUUCAACAAGUUCCCGCUAGAUGACACUUCGUGCUUGGUUCCUGUGAAAUUGACGACCACGAGGAGAGGGCAACCGAAGAACUUCGGCAUGAUCUGCUUGCCGACCGAAGAAGACUUGACUCGACUUUCUGGCGACUUCAAGUGGUCGGGACCUGUCCAGAAAUUGACCUCUGACCCGAACGAGAAGAAGAGGAGGACCUUGAGGAGGAUUCGACUGGCGGAGUUGAAGCGCGUCAAGAGAGCCAAGGCGAGGAAGAGAAGGAGCGAAGAGGAUUCCGAACUCAUUCCGGAGAAGAAGAGCCUGAAGAGGAAGCUGGUGGAGUCCUCGAGGGACGCGGAAGAGGAAAGACUGAGGAAAAUGGAGGAAAUGUAUUUUCCGAGUGACGAUACCGUGCGGUAUUCAUGUGAUAGGGAAAUUAUGGGAUUUGUCACUCGGGGAGGGUUUUCCUUUAUGGAAGCUAAAGGAGUUGGGCUGGGAUAUGUUACGCUCUCCUCUUUGCUGAGGGUAAUUAGGCUUAAUUGUAACUUUGUCUUGUUCAGAAAUGUACAAACAAGGCAGUUCAGGGUCGCCGAGGUGGAAGUGGUGAACAGGUGAUCUCGUAAUUUUCUGGACUUUGAGAUUUUUGGCAUCCGUGGAUGAUAGGAAGAACUCUUUUUACUCGAGCUUGGAUCUCCGUGUAUAUAAUAGACAAUUUUACAUAGAGUACUUAUCUAAUGGCACCGUAAUUUGUACAUAAAACUGUUUGGAAAAAAUGGGAUACACUUCGUUUUUAAUUUUAGUUCGAUCUUGCGUAUCCCAAUUUUUCUUAAUAGCGAGGAACCCAAUAAAAAAAGGCGUGCCCGAGAA